GUAGGCCCCGGGAAUGCAGGGUCCUCGUUGGCGGAGCUGUCGGACGAGUAGCGCGCUGAUAAGCUAACCACACAUAUCAAUAGAUAACAACAAUACAGCUGAUUUCUUUUCAGCCUUUAGCUCAAAUGCCCUUGUGACAGAAGGAAGCGAGGCAUGGGUUGUGCUGCAAGCUCCGCGGCUGCGCGUCCGGUUGCGCAGGCGCCAACAAAGGCUGACAAACCCUUUACUUCCGGCCCAGUCAACGACAGUAACCUUGAAGCAACAAAGGAAUGUGAGCAGCCUGUUUUAGACACGGCAUCGAGCGAGCACACAAGAGGGCAUGCUGUACCCCAAUCCGAUAUCCAUUUUAUCCUUUAUGAGGGUGGUGGUGCAGUGGUGUCAGCCCGCCGCCGAUGCUGCUGAGACGGGCUCGGUAGGCUUCUCGAAUGCGCAAGGUCGUGUGGUGGAGCUCGAGUGGGUUUCGGCUGAGGAGGAGGCCAAUGCGGCAGACACGCACCCGCUCCCCGCCGUUGUCCUCCCGACCGGCCUGGCGCCGGGCUCGGCUGUAACGGUCGCCGCGCCAACCACAGCACCCGACGACGCUGGUGGCGCUAUGGCGCCAGCUAGCUGCACCACUGUUGAGGCGGGUGCGUGGCUCGGCACUCUUCGAGACGGCGUGCUUCGCCUGUCGGCUGCAGUCAGCGGCAACCCAGCAGCGGAUGACGCGAGUGGCGGGGGGCCCGCGCUUCAGCUGACGCUCGAGCUGGUUCCCCAGCCGCACCUGUUCCACAUUGCCCUGGCAUGCCGUGCGGACGAGGCGGGUGGGCUCCAGCAGCGGCUGCUGUGCCAGUGGCGGCAGCUGGUGCGGCCCAGCAAGCCGCUGCGCGUGAUUGACGCAUGCAGCUCGGCAGCAGCGCCCAAGAGUGCCGCCGCGGCUGCUACUGCUGUUGUGGCGGCGGCGGGGGCGGCGACUGGGGCAGCUGGCAGUAGCGGGGAAGAGUCCGUUGUCGCGCGCGUCGCGGCGUCAGGCAGUCUCCUUGUGCUGCUUAGCCCCGGCGUGUGGGCUUGCUCGGAGGUGCUUGCAGCGGUGCGGGCAGCUCAGGAGCGCGGGCUGGGUGUGCUGCUGUUGUUUCUGGCCGCUCCGGACGCGGCCAGCUGCCACGUGCCGUCGCCGCCUACACCCGCCUCGCCGCCCGCCGAGCUGUUCGAUCUGGCCCGCACGGCGGCGGUGGACUUGGGCCAGCUCAUAGGCACGGCGCCGGCAGAUUUCUCCAAGCUGUUCGAGGAUGCGUAUCUGGCGCCGCGCCCUGGCGCCGCGCCCCCGCCCGCCCCCCUGCGCCUGCCCUCUGCCCACCUACCUCGCUUCUACUACGAGGGUGUCGCCUACCACCGCCCGCCUGACGGGGGCCCCGUGCUGCUGCGCGGCUGGUACCAGGUGGAGGCGGAGUUCGAGGCGGAUGCGCGGCGCAUCCACCUGGACGUCUCGUACGAGCCCAAGGCGGGGCGCUCCAUGCCCAAGUACAAACACCGGAUGGAGCUGGAGUGGGAGGCGCAAGGGGCAGGAGGGGUGCUGCAGCUGGGCGAGGUCAAGCAGGGCAAAUACUGGGGCAGGUGGACGGGCGAGGCGGUGGGGGGCGAGGGCGGAGAGCUGCAGCUGACUGAGGAAGAAGACUUCAUUGUGCUGCGCCCGCAGCCCUUUUUCUACCAUUUCUACUUGGCUGGGGCGCCCGACGGCGCGGCCAGCCUGGGUGUGCGCCUUGCUUCGGGGCUGCACGAGCAGAGCAGCCCCGGCUGCCGCAUCCGGCUGUUUCGCAGCCUGGGGGCAUCAACGGAGGAGCGCGCGGCAGCACUGUCUUGCAGCGCGGCCGUGCUGGCGGUGCUGUCUCCGGGUGCUUGGUCAGACCCCGGCUUCGUGUCAGACCUGGAGCGUGCGGCGGCGCGGGGCCUGCCCGUGCUGUUCCUGUAUGACCCCGACCCACGCAUGGCCUCACACGUGGAGCUGUCCGCGUGUGUGGCUUCGGCGCCGCCCGGGCCCGUCUCCGCUUUGCUGCGGCGCUCGGACGUGAGCGCCCUGUACCGGCGCUGGUACGAGCAGGACGCCUGCCUGCAGCACCUCAUGCGGAGUGCCGGCUUUGGGCGCUGCGUGCACCUGCCCACCGACCACGACCAGUUUGUGUUCGAGCUGCACGAGGCGCGCUCGGACACGGCCAGCCUGCAGCUGAUGCGCGAGGGGCGAUGGCUGUACUAUGAGGGGCAGGCCGCGCGCGAGGGCAACGUGUGGGGCUGGUACCAGCUUGAGGCCAGGUUCCAGCCCGAGCUAGAUCUCAUCGAGUUGUGGGUGGAGUUUGAGUCCAAGCACACCAACUCCAUUCCGUCGUACAAGGCACGCUUCCAGAUGCAAUGGGACACAAAAGACAACUCUGUCGUGGAGCGCGGCCUGGGGCGGUGGAAGGGGCACGUGGACGGCAUUGGCGGCGUGUUCUCACUGCGCAACAACUUCGGUGACGCCCUCACGUUUCGGCCGCAGCCCUUCAUCUGGCACUUCUUCCUGUCGCACGUGCAGCGCGAGAGCUCUGACUGCUGUGCGGCGCUGGCCCUGGCGCUGACCGAGCUGUCGGUGCGGGGGCGCCGCAUGCGGGCGUGGUACGACAACAAGGCCAGUGCGCUGACCAAGGAGGCGAUGGCCCUGGGCAUUGUUCACUCAAGGAACUUUGCGCUGUUUCUGAGCCCCUCGACGUUCAAGUCGAUGUACGUCAAGUUUGAGAUUCAGACCGCCCUGAGCCAGGGCAAGCGCACCCUCCUCAUCCACGACCCAGACCCCUCCUCCCGCAUCCACGUGGACUUGGCGGCGGCGCGGCAGGAGGCGCCCGAGGACCUGCGCCCCAUCUUCGACGGGCCGUGCCUGGCUUGGCCGGGCUUUGGCGGAGACGUGGACGGCGUGACACGGGAGCUGAUGGGAUUGGGGGGCUUCCAGGACUGGUUCAGGCCCCGAGGGCACGAGGAGAGCCAGUAGGAGCGGCAGGACAGGAGGCGGGUGGUGGGUGGCGCGGCAGCAGUGCACCGCACGCCGAGCUAGGGAGUGCUACUGCUGGUGUAGCUGGUGCGUUUCUUGAUCGCCAGUUUACGGGUUGUGCUGG